AGAUAUUUGCACAGAGACACAGAGAGAGAGAGAGAGAGAGAGGAUGUGGGCAGCAGGGAUAAUAGUAGUACUGGUGAUAACUGAAUUCUUAGAGGUUGGUUUAAACACCUUAACUAAAGCAGCAAUGAGUAGAGGAAUGAGCAACUUUGUCUUUGUUGUGUACUCAAAUGCCCUCGCCUCUUGCUUCCUCCUCCCUGCAACCUUCAUCUUUCACAGGUUUAGACCAUGGCCACAACUCACCUUCUCUAUCAUCUGCAGAAUCUUUCUUCUUAGCCUCCUCGGUUUUUCUGUGCAGACUUGUGUGUAUAUUGGGAUUCGGUAUAGCUCUCCAACUUUGGCAUCUGCCAUGAUUGACCUCACCCCAGCUUUUACCUUCAUACUUGCCAUCAUCACCAGGAUGGAAAAGCUAAACUUGAAAGCACAGAGCAGUCAGGCCAAGUCCAUUGGCACCAUUAUUUCAAUCACAGGAGCAUUCAUAGUGACUUUCUACAAAGGUCAGCCAAUUAUCUUCUUUCGAUCGGCUUCCGACUUACUUCAUAGGCCGGUUUUGUCGUCGCAAUCAAACUGGAUUGCCGGAGGAUUUCUCCUUGCUGUCGCUAGCUUCUUUCUUGCACUAUUGUACGUUGUCCAGACUUGGAUUAUUAGGGACUACCCUUCAGAGCUGAUGGUAACACUCAUUGCUUGCGCCUUUGUGACCAUACAAUCGACCAUAGUUGCUCUGAUUGCAGAAAGGGAACCAAGUGCUUGGGAACUAAGACUUGAUAUUGAGUUGCUAACCAUUUGCUACGCGGCGAUUGCUGUGGUUGCACUUAGGAGUGUGUGUCACUCGUGGGCUUUGCGGAAGAAGGGACCUGUCUUUGUUACAAUGUUUAAGCCUCUUGGAAUGGUCAUUGCAAUUGUGAUGGGGGUUACUUUUCUAGGGGAUACUCUGCAUAUUGGGAGUGUGAUUGGAGCAACCGUUAUAGCUGUUGGUUUCUACUCUGUGAUGUGGGGAAAAGCUAGAGAAGAGAAGACUGCAGAAGAGUUAGAGAAUGGAAUAUGUGGUCGGCAUUCAUCUUCUACCAAAGUCCCUCUUUUGCAAAACAAAAGUAUGGAUGUAUAGAACUUUCGAAAUGGAAGCUAUGCUAAACAUAACUACAAAAAUAACCUCUCUAAAAGUAAAGGCUGUAAAACUAUGUUUUUUUAGGAAA